AUGGACAGAAAAUGGCAGCUGCUAGGAUUGGGUUUCGUCCUGGGAGUGACUGCUCUAUGUGUCUCCUUUAUAGGUGGAAUGUAUUUUCAACACCAAGAUGCCAGAAAACGCUUGCAGAAAAUAAUACAAACAGAUCCUUAUGCCUAUUAUGUCAGCCCCAAAAUUGAUGAAGUGUUUUCCUACUUUGAGACCCAUGAUGAGGCUGAUCACCGGAUGAAGCAAAUCAUGAAGUACGGUUUUCCAGGUCUUGAUGAUUUACGGCUCUAUAGUGACUUUGUGCUCUCCUACGAUCGGCGUAAUCGGGUGGCCCACUGGGUGUGUGAGCAUCUUCAGGUGGACAGCAUCCAUCCGAAUCGAGGUAGACGAGGUCGCAAUCCUUAUCAACCAGAUUUGAGUGUUCCAUCCAACUUUCGCUCCGAACUAACCGACUAUCGGAGAUCCGGAUUCGAUCGAGGACACUUGGCAGCCGCUGGAAAUCACCAUCUACAGCAGAAUCACUGCGAGGAUACUUUCUUUCUAACCAAUAUUGCCCCACAAAUUGGUCAGGGUUUCAAUCGAGGGGCGUGGAACAACCUAGAAAGAUAUGUUCGAAGUCUCGUUCAUCAUUUUGGUUCCGUUUUCGUUUGCACUGGUCCCCUUUAUAAACCCAAACAAAGAUCGGGUGGCAAAUUGAGUGUGGAGUACGAAAUGAUUGGACUGAAUAUGAUAGCUGUGCCGACUCAUUUCUUUAAAGUUAUUAUUGUGGAAUCGAAAGUUCAUUUGGGAAAACCCUAUAUGGAGGGUUAUGUCAUGCCCAAUGCUUCUAUACCAGAUGGUCUGCCUCUUCGAUCUUUCCUCUGCGACAUUCGUGAGAUCGAGCAUUAUGCGGGAUUGAAGUUCUUUGAUGGAUUGAGGAGAAGUGCCUUGUUUGGCAGCAACUAUCCCAGUGAAUCGCAGGUUUUUCGGGAGUUUGGUUAG